UCUGAUGAAUUGAAGUGUCUGCGUGCUGUUUUCCGUCGUGGUAGCUCCUGUGUUUGUUAGUUGCUGAGGCUAGUCGGUUAGCCAGGUGUAUCAAGGUUUCGAACGUUGCAGCUAGUAGCAUACUAGUUAGCUGUGUGGCUAGCCAAGUUUGGAGACUUGUAACGCAAGUCAUCUCCUGUUACAGACCGAGUCAGACUGUUAGUCUGUUUUAGUCAAUUAGGUAGACUGAAGUCGCACAGAGCCAUUUUGUGUCGACUUGGCUGCUAAAGGCUAACAGACGUUAGCUACCGUGGAGGUGGUGCUGAGGCCUCAUACUGAAGUUUAACAGCUGUUUUAAGCUGAGCUGUUAUCGGCAGCUGUGUGUCUGUGACCGUGUGUGGGCCUCAGCUGCUCUGUCUGUUUAUCUUCUCUUUGUUUCCCCGCUCUGAUCUGCAGGUGGUUAACACUGGUCACCGCUGAUUAACCGAAACACUGACGUGCACUCCGUGUUUGUGUGUAAACAGCCAACACUGACACCAGGCUUCACAUCCAGCCGCAUGCAAACGUUUGGUCCAAGUUCACUGGGGAUCCAGCCCCUGCAGCAAACGGAUGUUUACAUCUUUAAAGCACUGUCGCGGUCUUUAAAAAUAGAAACAGGAAGCACAGACUGAUUAUAUGACUUAAUGGUUUCGGUGUUGUGUUAAUGGGCUGCAGUCCAUGUGUCAGAGAGCAGGUUGAGUCCAGGACUGAUCACCAGUGCUGCGAGACUCUGCUUCCUGAUCACUUCCUGUCGUGGAGAUGAGGCCUGCAGUUCAGACACUAACAGGUCGUAGUGAUGGGACAUCUUGUUUCAUUGAUCUCAGGUGAUCAGCAGCAGCAGUUCCUAUCAACAGAUGUGUGGCUGCACUUUGAACUUUGUCCUGUGAUUACCCAUCCAGCGAUCAGCCUGUGCACUAGCUGAUGAUGAAACACCAUGUACACGCAGUGUUAACUGGUGGUCAGAGAACUGCUGAGGAACAUGCAAAGCCACAGCCCAAGCUGGUGCCGGUUGCCUGGCGGGAGAACUGAACUGAGGUCCCGAGUCGAGAGAUGGCUGGAACUGUUGCACACGUUCUUAUGUUUUUGACAGCUUAAGAAGUGGAGAGAGCAGACGACUGAGGAGUCGAGGGAGAGGUGUCCUGGUUUUGUUUCCUGUCUGGGAGGAGUCACUGUGAACACCUGAGACAUGUGAAGCUCAAGGAUUAGAGGAGCUGUUGCUCAUACCGGAACAACGCCCCUGUCAGCAUUACCAGCCAAUCAGCACGUAGUCUGGAGGACCAUCAUGCACCUGACGUCGUACACGAAGCUUGUGCGCACAGAGUUGCAUUUGGAUGCAGCCAGUGUUCAGACGCCACCACAGCGGAGCAGUCUGUUUGUGAGCCAGCAGGGGACGCUGCUCACAACCUGCAGCAGUAACCAUGGCAACAUCAGCAGCAGCCGCCUCCCACUCAGCAUCAUCUCCUCCAACAUGCUCCGCUGCACCAACGUCAGCAGCAGUGUGUCAGCGCUGAAGCUGAAGGUGUCGUCCAGUGGCACCCUGCAGCUUCUCCCCCCACCACCGAGCUCUGAGAACAACACAAUCAGACUGUAUCAGACCACCACAGAGGAUGCCACAGACCCCUCACUGGACAUCUGGACCGUCAUCAAGCCUGGACACGUCCGCGAGAAGAUCGCAAUCUUCGCUUCAGUUGGAGGACGGACCAACAGUGCAGGGUGCAGUGAACACACCACAACCAGCAGGUCCAGCUGCCGGGACAGAAUGCUAGCAGAGUGUAUGAAUCACGCUGCUGUGUCGGGACUGUCAAGGCCCACGAAGGCGAAAGGAAGCAGGGAGGAAAACUGUAGUGCCAAACGUCGCCGCAGGUCUGGGAACAACCAGACCCUCCAGAGGACCCAGGUCCUGGGCACACAGCAACAUACCCUGAAAUCAUCUUCAUGCCGCUCAGACUCAUCUCAACAGCUGGGUGGUGGGCAGUGUGGCGGCAAGGCGGAGGACGAGCACAAGGUGUCUGUGGUGGAGAUGGUGGCGUUCCUGGAGCAGAGGGUGAGUGAACAGCAACCAGACUGCAAACCUCUUCAGAAGAGCUCCACCACGAUCACACUGUCCAGAGCCCCACUCGCUGAUGUCAGGAAUGGGUCAGAGGUCAGGGGGGAGGAGCCAGAGAGCAUCAGGGUGUCAGAGAUGGUGGCCAGGCUUGAGUCGGAGUGUCUGAGGAGAAGGACAGAGGGAGAUCUGUCAAGGAGCAACAGCCUGAGGAGGACGGUGGGACGAGUCCUGCUUGCUGCUGGAGAACGGAGCUCUGCCCCCUCCCAGCCCACAUCACUACUGUCAUCAGUGAUGUCAUCCAUAACAUCACCAUCACUGCCAGGAGCUCGAGCUCCAACUCCACAACAUGAGGCUGUCAGCUGCUCAGGACCUGCCAGAACAGACACACCUGCCUUAACUGUGAUGGCACCCCUCUCAACUCACUCAGGUGAGUUGGUGGUUGAACACCAGGAGGCUGGAAGUCUGUGGGCUAACAGUGCUGUCUCAGCCUCUGAGACUGUAGCCCCACCACCUCUGUCUAAGAAUGUGGAGCCUCUGCCUGGUUUGUUGUUUUUGUCCCCUCCUUCUGCUGACACACCCCCCCAUGCAGCCUCCACCCCUCCCUCCAUAGAUUUGGAGCCCCGCCCCCCUCGACACAGAACACCCUAUGACCGGGUGCGUGCCCCCUCUCAGCCCCGUCUUCUUGUUGUCAGGUCCUCCCUUGACUCUAGCAGCCAAUCAGAGAGGAGGAAGAGAUGGGCUGACAGAGGUCCAGAGGAGUUUGUGGGUGUGAAUCACUGCUCUGCUGCAGUGCCUCUGGGCCGGCCUGUGUCACAGGACUUCUUGAGCCUCGCUGCGCUCAAGUGCACCUGCCACUACUUCAAAUUUGUCAUCGAGAACUACGGCGUGCGGCCCGCUGACUCACUCUGGGUGUCUGACCCCCGUUACUGUGAUGACCCUUGCAAGCAGUGCAAGAAGCGUUAUGGCCGCGGCGACGUGUCGCUGUGCCGCUGGCACCACAAACCAUACUGCCAGGCGCUGCCGUAUGGCCCCGGGUAA